AUGCUGACCUCCCGAACCCUCGGCUUCCGCAGCCUACCUAAACUCACCAACACCUGGCGACGUCUAAACUCCACAUACGAACCUCCGACAGCACCCAAGAGCAAUCGACACGGCAGCUUCUACCGCACCUUUGGUUCUCCGGUCAUCAAGAACUUCCUGAUUGCACUAUGCACUUUUCAGGCGAUCUACUGGCCGUGGUUGAAGCUGGAGAGCAUUGAGAUGAAGAAGAAGGGGGAUAGUGAGUUGAGGAUGGCGGAAGGGAACUUGAGGAGUAUUACCAGCGAUGGAUGA